UCUGGGUUUAGCUUCUGUAUCACUCUCUUUCAGAUUGAGCUAGGGUUUGUGAUUCUCGCCAUGGCCGAUUUCCAGACCUCGACUCACCGGAGCAAGUGGAUUUUCACGCCGGAGAAGCUGGUGGAAAAAUACAGGGCGGCUAAUCAACAAGCAAUAGAGGCAUUGGAGAAGUACGGAGUUGCACUGGCGAAAAUAAAUGAUGAUGGGUCAUUAGCUGUCCCUGAAAUUGCAAAAGAGAAUGCUGACAAGCAUCCGCGUCCAAAACCGGUUAGCAUUGAAGAGGAGCAAAUGAUGCGAGUAUUUUAUGAAGCUAAGCUUCAAGAAGUGUGUAACAACUUUCGUUUCCCUCAUAAAGUUCAGGCAGCAGCUCUCAUAUAUUUCAAAAGGUUUUAUCUACGAUGGUCGGUUAUGCAACAUGAACCAAAAAAUAUAAUAUUAACCUGUAUAUAUGCGGCGUGUAAGAUAGAAGAAAGCCAUGUAUCCGCUGAGGAGCUUGGUAAGGGGAUCUCACAGGAUCAUCAAAUGAUACUCAAUAAUGAGUUGAUAGUUUAUCAGAGUUUGGAAUUUGAUCUUAUUGUGUAUGCACCAUAUAGAUCAAUUGAAGGCUUCAUUCAUGAUAUGGAGGAUUCUUGUGGAUUAAGGGAUGACCAGCUUCCAAUGCUCGAGAGUUUGCGUGGCGCUGCCAAGAUAGAUGUUGAUAAAAUCAUGCUCACUGAUGCACCACUUCUGUUCCCUCCUGGGCAGUUGGCCUUGGCUGCAUUGCGUAGUGCAAAUCAGGUGCAGAGAGUUGUUGACUUUGACAGAUAUCUGAAGAGUAUGCUCUCUAGUAAGAGUUCUGCACAUACUAUUUCAGAGCUAAUUGAAUCCCUCGAUGCGAUUGAUUCUUGGGUAAAGAGAUAUAAAUUUCCUUCAGACAAGGAAAUCCUGCACAUCAAUCGGAAACUGAAAUCUUGUUGGGGUCAAAGUUCGCGUGACGAAAGUAAGAAGCGGGAUAAGAGAUCAAAGCACAAGUCCAAGAAGAGUUCAAAUGAAGCACAAAAUGUACCUUGAAAUGAUUCCUCAUCUCCGUCUUUCGAAUUUUAGAAUUUUGUUUUGCUUGGGAAGACGCUCCUUGAAGCAACAACUGAUUGAAGAAGAGGGAGAUUUGUUAACAUUCUAAUUAUAUCUUCUUUCCUUUUCACUUUUGUAUUGUUGUAUCGUCAAUUAAAUCUGUUAAAGAGUGUUGGAGAAUUGAAUUCCGAGUUUGGACAGUGAUGCAAUAUAGUCCUUCCUAUUUCAUUUUGAAGAAUCUUGUUACACCAUGAAGGAAUUACCACAAAGGAAAUUGGCAAAGUGAUUUGAUAUUCUAAAGAGGUAGCUCUCUAGCUCGCACUCUUGGAGGAUAAAUUUUGCUACCCUCAAUGUGUUCUCAAAAACAUGAGUUGAGCAACUCAGAAGAUGAACUUGUCUUGGUUUGUUCAUUACAAUGAAGUCGCAU